GGUUUGUCUGUUGAGAGUGCGCUUCCAUUUAUUUUGUGACGACGUGCCUCUCUAAACACCAGCUCUUCUCGUUCUGUCCGUAAAAGACAAAGAAACAUGUCCGACGAAGGAAAACUUUUCGUCGGUGGCCUGAGCUUCGACACAACAGAAGAAUCUCUGGCUGAAGCUUUCGCUAAGUAUGGAAACAUAGCAAAAGUUGAUGUCAUCAGGGACAAAGAAACGGGAAGAUCUCGUGAUUUCGGCUUCGUAAAGUACGAUAAUGCCGAGGAUGCGAAGGAUGCAUUGGAUGGCAUGAACGGGAAGUCAGUUGACGGCAGAACAAUUCGUGUGGACGAGGCAGGCAAGGGUGGUGGUCGUUCUGGAGGCGGAGGUGGUGGAUUCAGAGGGUCCAGAGGAGGCGGUGGUGGAUAUGGCGGUGGAGGGGGGAGAGGAAGAGGUGGUGGAGGAUAUGGUGGUGGUGGUGACAGGGGAUAUGGUGAGAGGAGCUGUGGUGGUGGAUACAGGAGUGGCGGUGGCGGAGGAUACUCUUCCGGUGGCGGAGGAUACAGGGACAAUAGGGGCCAGGGAGGCUACGGGGAUCGCUCUGGGGGAUCCUACAGAGACAGCUACGACAGUUAUGCUGCUCACGAGUAAAAAUCUGCCCCCCGAUUCAAGAUCAUCCCUUGGCUGGCUGUAUUUAAAAAGAUGCGCUCCUCUCAAGAAAUUUGUCCACGUGUUGACCUGAUGAUUUUUUGUAGUCCUAUUCUGUGUUUAAGUAGCUCGAGCGUCUUUAAAUUUAGCCAUUGGGUUUCGGCCAUUCAUUUACAAACCAUGUUUAAUAGAAGUUCCAGUUGGAGAUGUUCUCUAAAGGAUGCAUCUCUAUUUGCUCUUAUGGCAUUUCAAUUGAUAAAGCAUAAUGUCUGACUUGUUGGUGCUGCAAAUUUAGUGAACUCAAAUAUUGCUUCACAUGGCUGUUUGUGAAUAACAGCCUCAGUUACUUUCUACGCCCUGUUCCUAGCCAGCACUGUCUGACAUCACCAUUUGAAUCCUAAAUAUUAAUAUUGGGGAUAUCAAUGGGGCUUGUUAACUUCCUGUUUUUGUUUUAAACGACAAUGUCCGACCUACCUCCUGCCAAGUUUUAAAACAGUUUAAAAAAAUAUUCCACUUAGAUGCUUUUGAAAACUGGCCGGGAAGUGCUUUUUGGAUUUUAUGAAUGCAUUCCUUGUGUUGCUAGGCAGCAAUGCCUUCACCCAUACCAUUGAGGUUCUUGAUAUAGCCGACGGUCCUGUGUUAAGUUUCCAAAAAGAGUGAAUUCCUUUAAGGCUGGUGACACUGCACGCCUGAAGUGGCCGGCUGUUCAUGAAGUUGCAAAUUGCAGUGGGCUACAGUCUGCCCACGGUGUUUUGCUCUGCUCAGAAGCCUGCAUUUUAAAUGUGCUUGUUAUAAUGGACUUAACUUAAAGAGAACAACAACAAAAAACAAUUCAUACUGUUACUACUCUUCCCCAAUAUUCCACCUGGGAACGAUUUUGUACUUUCUGUUCUUUGUAUCAUCAACAUUGAAGAUAUUUUUUUUUGUUGUCAAUUUUGGCUUCAUGGAGCCCAUUAAAACGAUUUGUUGAAAAUA